UUGAAGCAGGAGCUGCUGCAGCUGCGCGCACACACCGCGGCUGGUCUCUGCAGUUCUCCCCCGGCAGCUGCUGUGGAUGCUGGGAGCCUGCAGUCUCGCCUUUACGCACGGCCGGAUCCCUGCAGAACGGCGCACCACACGGACGUGCAGCCUACUGGUGGAGACGAUGCAGUGAGGAGGAAGCAGCAAGGCUCCCUCCGGAUUGUGUUCAUCCUGAGGCUGCAGAGAACGGAGGAGGGGGAGAUUGCGGUAUAACAAGGUUAAUACUAAUAAUAAUAAUAAUAAUAAGCACCGAUAAAGGUCAAGGAGCCGGCUCGGGAAAAAAAGGGUGAAUCUCGCCCUUGAGCGGCGAAAACAUAAAGUCUGUAAAAAAAAUUAUGGCCACCCUACUGCGGAAAAUCGGUCUGAUCCGCCUGCACGACCGAGACACGGAGGACCCGAAGCACCACCAGGGCUCGUUAAAGGGGACCAAAGGGAGCCAGAAAAACCACAACAAACACUGUCAGACCGCCAACGAGACCAACAUCCUGAGCACCCCGGAGAUCAAGGCGAGGAAGCUGGACCAGCACGCCAGAGACAACAAGCCGUCCGGCAGAGACAAGCAGCAGGGCAAGGAUGCGAAGGAGAAGCAGCAGCAGCAGCUUCAGCAGCAGCAGCAGCAGCAGCUGCAGCAGCAGCAGCAGCAGCAGCAGCUGCAGACCACCACGGCCACCGGCGCAUCCUCCAUCCCGGCGCCGCACCGGCAGCACUGCACCCAGGUGCGGACGCGCAGGCUCAUGAAGGAGUUGCAGGAGAUCCGGAGACUAGGGGACCACUUCAUCACCGUGGAGCUGGUGGAGGACAACCUGUACGACUGGAACGUCAAGCUGCACCAGGUGGACAAGGACUCGGCGCUGUGGCAGGACAUGAAGGAGACCAGCACCGAGUUCAUCCUGCUCAACGUCACCUUUCCCGACAACUUCCCCUUCUCGCCGCCGUUCAUGCGGGUGCUGACGCCCCGGCUGGAGAACGGCUACGUGCUGGACGGAGGGGCCAUCUGCAUGGAGCUGCUGACCCCCCGGGGAUGGUCCAGCGCCUACACGGUGGAGGCCGUCAUGAGGCAGUUCGCCGCCAGCCUCGUCAAAGGACAGGGCCGCAUAUGCAGAAAAGCAGGAAAGUCCAAGAAAGCUUUCAGUCGCAAGGAGGCCGAGGCCACCUUCAAGUCGCUGGUGAAGACCCACGAGAAGUACGGCUGGGUGUCCCCGCCCGUGUCCGACGGCUGAGCGCCGCGCCCGCCCCGCCCGCCCGCCGGCCGCCCCUCGGCCCCCCGCGCUAGCCGUGCGAACCCAGCUAGCCCUGACACGCAAAACGACACACCACGCUACUCCACAACUGCUCUUCUUCACCUCUGGCUGUUUCAACCCAGUUUUAUUCUGUUUCUUUCCGUGUGUGUGUGUGUGUGUGUGUGAAAUAGUCGUAGAGCUCGACAUGCAGUCAUUCUCAUCUCUACUCUACUCCAUAGAAGAAAAAGACAGAAACACAGCCUCAUGGUUCACUUCCUCCUCGCCUGGGGAGUCUCCCCCCCCCCCCCGCCCUGGAAAAGGCCUGCGAGGGAGGAGUGUGCAUGUGUGCAUGUGUGUGUCGCCAUCAGGCAUCAGCUGAGCGCACGGCGUGCACACGCGCCGGAGUGUGCAUCGCUUUUCCAGGAUUUAUUUCUUUUUCUGUCCCCCCCCCCCCGCCUGCUCGUGCACACCCGUGCACGUGCAGACAGACAGACUGGACUCUGCAGACUUUUUCCACCCAUCGUGAAAGACUACUGAAUGACGACGCUUGGUUUCUCUCUCUCUCCCCCUCUCCUCUGAGUCUGUCCCUCGCUCCUUUCCUCCCUCUCGCACCGAGCCUUCGUCGCAAUCUCUCUCUCUCUCUCUUUCCUCCUCUGUAGCUGUGGGGUCAUUUACAUAUAAAUGAAGCUGUUAAUGUUUAAUAGACGGGCAGUGCGCUGGCGUUUAUACCCACUCAUCCCCCCCUCAUUUCCCUUCUUUCUUUCGACUGUGCUGCUGCUCACAGUUCAAUGCAACAUAAAGAUUGUAAUUUACAUGGAGCUGUGCUCUCGUUCUUUCUUUAACUCGCUUUGUUUCUCUCUUGUCUCUUGUGGCUAAAUUUAGACCGCAUUGUUGCGUAGUUGGUUAUUGAUUCCUAAAGAAGAAGAAGAAGAAGGAAAAAAAAAAGUCACAUGUUGCGUAAUCCAGAGAGCAUGUACGAUAGAAGUCAGUCACCUUUAUUUCUUUUUCUGUCGACUCUGAUGUUUAGAGUGUGUGUGUGUGUGUGUGUGUGUGUGUGUGUGUGUGUGUGUGUGUGUGUGUGUGUAAAUGGACCUUAAAUCUCAUGAUUUAGAUACCAGAUGGUACAGCUGAAGGCCAGGACUCAGUGUGUGUGUGUGUGUGUGUGUGUGUGUGUGUGUGUGUGUGUGUGUGUGUGUGUGUGUGUGUGUGUGUGUGUGUGUGUGUGUGUGUGUGUGUGCGUGUGUGUGUGUGUGUGUGUGUGUGUGUGUGUGUGCGUGUGUGUGUGAGAGAGAUACAGAGAACAAAGGAAGCAACCCUUUAAACAGUGAAGAAUAUGAUUUACUGUGAAUGACACCACGGCCUAAAGGGAGUGUUGUAUUUCGCUAAAUGACUGGCCACCUUGUUGCGCUGUCCGCGCCGGCUCCUUACUGAUGUUACUGUACACGCGUGCACGUACCAGCGUCUGUCUCUCUGCCACCCACGUCAG